UGCAAUCGACACGGCCCGUUGGCUGCAUCAGGCUUUUUAUCAUGCAGAUUGGGCGCCAAUCUCCAGCUCCUCGACAUGUCUGCCACCAUUCACGUCGACUACCAGAAACCCUCCGUUCCAAACAGUUUCCAGUGUUUUGCUAUGCCAUCAUCCAACCACCGUUCUGCAAAGAGCCCUGCUAUUACCGCUCCGAUGGUGCACACGCAUAGCCAGGUUAAGACGCGUAGUAGUGCUAACAAGGCGCCGAUGUCCCAGCAAGGACAAAAUACUGGCUUCAAGCCUGUUGUGCCUAUCAAAUCGUCUGCCAACCGCUGGGUUCCUACGAGCACAACUCGCAAGGGUCCGAGUCAACUUGAUGUUGAUUCACCUGAGUUGGUCGACCGUAAGGUUAAUGCACUGCUCAACAAGCUUACGAUGGAGAAAUUCGGGACGAUUUCAGACCAGAUCAUCUACUGGGCCAACAAGAGUGUGAAUGAGAAAGACGGGCGAACGCUCAUUCGAGUCAUCCGGCUGGUGUUCGAGAAGGCAAUCGAUGAAGACGUUUGGAGCGAGAUGUACGCGAGGCUGUGUCGGAAGAUGAUGGAGGAGAUCAGUCCUGAGGUACAGGAUGACGGGAUCAAGGAUAUGGAGGGCAAGCCUAUUAGAGGUGGCCAUCUCUUUCGGAAGUAUCUCCUCAGCCGAUGCCAAGAAGACUUCGAGCGUGGAUGGUUUGCCAAGGAAGCUGCUGCAUCCGCCACGACGAAGCUAUCUAACGAUCAAGCAACUGAGGCUACUCGCGAGAAGAAGAGCACGUUGAAUACUGGGUUUGAUUUUGAGAAGGCAAAGCGCCAUGGUCUCAAUCUCAUCACGUUUAUCGGAGAGUUGUUCAAAGUGCGGAUGCUCACACAGCGUAUCAUGCACGAAUGUGUGAAGAAGCUGUUGGGCAACGUCGAUAACCCAGGGGAAGAGAAAAUCGAGAGCUUGUGUCGGCUGUUGAAGACGGUUGGCCAGUUGCUUGACACGCCAAAAGCCCGCGCGCAUAUGGACGUUUAUUUCACGCGCAUGAAGGAGCUCGGCAAGAGUCACAAUGUCAGCACUCGUAUGCAGUUCAUGCUUCAGGAUGUCAUCGAGUUGCGUGAACGUGCAUGGUUGAAUCGCAAUGCUGCUCUUGUGACGAUUGCUGCCGUUCGCGCGUUGGCCGCCAAGGAGAUAGCAGCUGCAGAGGAGGGUCGAAGGGAGACUGACCGCAACCAAGAGGAUGGUCCUGAUGACUGGGCAGGUGAAUACGUUCUGCGCAAGGCUAGUAAUCUGUCACCGUUUGGCGACAUCACCAAUGGUCCACCCAGUCCAAGCGACAUCUUCGGGGCUGACACGAAGGAUAGCAAGCGGAUGGCACUUUUGCAGACACACUCGAGCUCAAAUGUGUUCCUCAUGCUUGACGAGAAUCCUGAAACCGCCUCUGAGGCGUCCACAAAUCCCAGUCAUUCGCCGAGCCAGAUACCAAGCAUUUAUCUUGGUCAUGAUGGUAUUCCUGAGCCUGCUAUACAGCACAGGAAGCCUCAGCUUCUUCCGCGGUCCGUUGACGCUGCUGACGAGAGCAUGGUAACUCCGUUGGCAGAUGAACGCGAGGGCGCGCCUAUUACUAUGUCAGAAGCCAAAAUUCAGGAAGAAAUUGGUAGAUACGUGAGGGCUUUCUUCGCGGUUCGCAAUCUCAAGGAAGCGGACAUCUCCUUCACGAAUUUUCCGAAUGAGCUCUGCUUCCGACUCGCGGACCACCGUUAGAUACGCAUGUCUCGCGGUCGUCCUCGAGGCGGCAGCGAGCACAACCAAGAAUAGCUUUUCUGGUAGCUUGAUCCUCCCCCUCUCACUCGCACGCAUGUGACGUUUUCGAUGCAUUUUUAUUCUUACAUUCUCAUGGUAUUUGUUUUCGUUCGCUUUUGGAUUGUAUCCCGCACUUUCUUGGUCUUUUUGCAAACUGGAGUAUGUACACCACGACACUCUUGCAUUCGUCCUCUUUGUAGUAUCGUUGAUCGAUAUCAUAUACAAAGGCAAAGGCUUUAGCCACUAGCCUUUGAUGUCAGACAUUGCAGGAUAGUACGAGCUACAGGCCUCCUUUAUGGGCCUAUCGAUCCUUUAGUCCCUCGGAAUUUGAGGGUCGACAUUACAGAUGCACACUCAG